UCUAUUUUGUCUAGAAACACGAUCUAGUCAGCGAUAAUGUACUUUUCUUUCCCCUAUUUUGCCCUUUUCGCUCCCAGUAUAGCCUUGCAAUUUCCAUUCACCUUUCCUCCAUUUCACGUCAGUAAUGAUUGGGCAUAUACUAACUGCGGCACACUGGAUGACAUUAUCCAACUUAAGAGCAUAUCACUUAACCCUGAUCCACCUUCUGCCGGCAAACCUCUUGAAGUAAAGCUGACUGGGACUGUUACCGACAUCAUUGGCGAAGGCGCAUAUAUGGACGUUGUCGUAAAGCUUGGUCGUAUAAAGAUCUUGAAAACAACAUUCGAUAUUUGUGAAACUUUCCGUGAUUAUAACACAACCAUCCAAUGCCCCGUCAAGCCAGGGUCAUAUGAAGUCACUCAUACCGCGGAUCUACCCAGAGAAAUUCCACAGGCAAAGUUCGAUAUCGACGCACUGGGCUUUACUGCAAAUGAAGAAGAUAUGCUAUGCUUAAAAAUUCAAGCUGACUUUAGGUCAAAGUAUACCUAGGGUGUAAUAGUGUGAAGAACAAUGCCAUUACUCGG